CUCAUAGGACCUAGUUAAUGUUAUGGUAUCAUCUAAGCUAACAAAACAUCAACAAGCUUUCAACAUGGUCGAUCAAUUAUUAGCCUUUGCGCUUGCGCCGGUGCACGCCCAGAUUUUGAAUUGAGUCUUGGUUUUUUAUUUUAUUCGACGACCACUCUCGAACAUACGAAAAUAACCCAGUAAGGUCGUGCAGGACGAGGGGAGAUGGCCUCCGCCUCCGGGCGGUCCCCAACGGUGGGACCCUCUCUCAAUCUGCGAGGAUCCUCGGCUGUGCCAGACCGCCCGCUAUCGCUAUCGAGACUGUCAUCCCAAGAUAGGCUCAAUGGUAUUCUCGAGACUGCGAGAGAGCGUGCCGACACCUUUGGUUCGCAGACAUCGGGACGGAGUGCGAGGAUGAGCUUUCAGCGUGUACUAGAGCGGGACGACGAUGGCGCACCUGACGAAACUACGAGUAUUGCGACUGCGCGCGGCAACACGGCGAACUACCAGAGCACGGGAAUGUCACCCAAUCCGAGAAAUAGACGUCCCACACAGCAAUCCGAGCUCGACUGCCCGGUAACAAAUGGUACGAACGGAACAAACGGCGCAUCUCCCCAUACGAACGAGAAGAAGAAUUGGUUAAAACAUUACCUUAGCGGCGUAUGGUCGGUAGAGUUGGAGAAUAAAGGAAGCGUAGCUAGGGACCAUUUAGCUUUGGAGCGGACAUUUCUCGCCUGGCUGCGAACAUCACUUUCGUUCGCGUCUAUCGGAAUAGCCAUCACCCAGCUAUUCCGUCUAAACACGGCGAUAGAGCCGGACGACCCCCAAUUUCUGACGAUUCGCCGUGUAGGAAAGCCGCUCGGCGCGACGUUCAUAGGCAUAUCUAUUUUAAUCUUAUUGCUGGGAUAUCGUAGAUACUACCAAGGCCAGCAAUGGGUGAUCAAAGGGAAAUUCCCUGCCUCGAGGGGGACAAUAAUAAUCGUCUCGCUGGUCGCGUGUGCGCUUAUAGUUGUUAGCUUGUUUGUGGUCCUAUUUACCUAACGUAACCUACGGCUGUGGGAUCAAGCCACCUCUUAAGCUACCUUCGAUAUGGCGGGUUCGAAAUCGGAGCUUGGAAUAAUGAUAGCAUUGAUUGAAGAAGUGAGAAGAAACUUGGGAUUGAUGAAACUAGGCUAGAUGGAAUAAUUCGUUUGGCUAGUAUCUCAGGGAAGCUAUAAUUUAUAAUGGUUUCGAUGUAGUCGGUAGUAGUAGUCAUGGAUUUUGAGUGGUGGAUGUAGCUUGUCUACAUGUAGGAAAUCUAGCUACUUGAACUUAUUAUCAUCAAUUAAAAGAAAAGCCUUUACUCCA